ACACUAGUUUAUCUCUUUCUAUAUCCUUGUUAUAUAUAGCAUUACAAGUUGCAUCAACAACACAUAAAAACAAAGAAACCACAACCACCACAUAAAGCUAACAUGGCAAAGUUCAUUAAUCUCAUCCUCGCCGCACAAAUCCUCCUCCUCGCCAUCACCGUUGCCUCCGCUGGAAAAAACGGUGAAGACUUUGCAAGAAAAGUUAACCGGAAACACCUCGGCCUCGGUGAGAAAGAGAAACUCACACAUCUUCGUGUAUAUUGGCAUGACAUUGUAAGUGGUCGACACCCAAGUUCCAUCAUGAUCCAACGGCCGGUUCCAGACUACUCAUCUUCCUCGUUCUUUGGAUCAGUCACCAUGAUAGACAACGCUUUAACAUCAGAUGUGCCCAUUAACUCUACUUUGGUAGGACAAGCACAAGGUAUGUACGCUGGAGCAGACCAAAAGGAACUAGGGUUCUUGAUGGCUAUGACCUUCGCUUUUAAGACAGGAGAGUACAAUGGCAGUAGCAUAACGAUUCUUGGUCGGAACGUAGUGAUGUCAGAUGUUAGGGAAAUGCCGGUGGUUGGAGGUAGUGGAAUGUUCCGGUUCGCUAGAGGAUAUGUCGAGGCUCGGACCAAGGAGUUCGACCGCAAGACUGGUGAUGCUACUGUUGAGUAUAACUGUUACGUCUUGCAUUACUAAUGAUGCCUAGAUUUAUAAUGGAACUUUUAUUUGUUCGUUUCUUCAUCAAUUGUGUUGUCCAUGUUCUUUAAUUAGUUUCUGUAUCUUUCGUUUACAUUUAUAUUUGUAUUAUUAUAUUGUGGCAAAAUAAUUAAUUUUCUGUCUUGUAAAUUCUCUUUAAAUCA